AUUUCACUUCAGGACAGAAGCUACAGUAUUAUGGAAAUGAAAACUACAUUCAGCAUCAUUCUAAUUCUUCAGUUAACUUUAGGAGCUGAUGGAAGGAAUAUUGAUCCUCCAGUGCAACUAGAGCCAUAUUUCCCUCCCGCCAAACCAUCACUGGAAAAUCUCAAUGCAGUCUGUGUUCAUGGCAAUGGCCGGCCCAGAUAUCCUGCCAGCUGCCUCCCAUCUUCAGGUUAUGGCUACAUUCGCCGUGCAGGAAUUGCAGUAAACAGAGUAGAAGCGUGGUUCAGUCAGUGCUGCCAGAGAGGUGUAGCACAAGGAGACCAGCAGGUCCUCUGCUGCGCCAAACAGGCGUGGGAAACUGCCUUGUCCCAUUUCUGUAUUGAGGAACACGGCACUAUGACUUUGGUCCAUGAGUGCUGUGAGAAGAAGGGAGAAGAACAGUGGAACUGCUUUGAGAAACAGGCUCCUAACCCUUCAUACCAACCCCUGUCUGGUUACACUGCCCCCGUAAUAACACCUGACAGGAUUUUCACCUGGGACCCAAACAACUGUAAAUGAUAUGAUUAUUCCUGAAUGCCAGGAAUGUUUUUAUUUGAUUUAGCAGCACUCAGUUCAUUACUAUGUAUUUUUCAAUGUCAUUUUGCAUAUCAAGUAUGAGAAGUUUUUUUUUUUUUUUUUUUUU